AUGGAGACGAAACAUGGACAAAAUUCCUUGCCAAAAUCUUUCCAUAAGAUUCCAUUUCGUGAAAAGGUCAAUAUCUAUACAAGUGAGAUCCAGUCUAUUAGCGCAAAGGUGAAUACAAUUCACAGAGACCAUGGAAAAGACCUCAUAUACCUCCAGGACUACAAACACAUUCAUCUCCCACCUCCACAGACUCAGGUAGCGGUACAACAUGAAAAUAAUAUAAUUGGCUUUGACGAUGAUUUGGAAAACAUAAAAGUUCGUUUGGAAGCAUCAAAUGAUUUUGUCAUUCCAAUUGUGGGGACUGCUGGGAUUGGAAAAACUACAUUUGCCUUAGAGAUUUUUGAAGACCCAGAAAUCAGGAAAAUUUUCACCCAUUGCAUUUGGGUUCAUGUUUCACAGGGCUUUCAUAGAAAGAAAAAUUUCAUUGACAUUCUACAUCAAAUUUCCAAGCCCACAGAAGACUUUAGUAUGAUAUCAGAAGACCAGUUGGAAGCUAAAAUAAAGGAAACAUUAGAGAAUCAGAAAUACUUCAUUGUAUUGGAUGAUGUAAGGCAAGAAAAAGACUGGAAUUCUUUAAAAGCUGCAUUCCCUGAAAAUCUGAAUGGAAGUAAAGUGUUGGUGACCACUCGAUAUAGCAAUGUAGUUGAUUCUACCAGGAAAUCUCAUAUUUUAGGAGGGUUAAGCAAUGAUGAUGGUUGGUUGGUAAUAAAAAACAAUGUUUUUGGUGCAAAGGGGGGAUACAGUGACCCAUUAUUACAAGAUCUCGGGAAAAGAAUAGCAAAACAUUGCAAUGGGUUACCACUUGGUCUACUAUUGGUAUCUGGCAUCCUACGUAAAUGUAGGAGUAUUGAUGACUGGCAACGAGUUGCUGAAUAUCCUCCACUUUUAAAUAUUUGGUCAGAUGGCCCAAGCAUCCAAGAGCUAGUAUGGUUGAGUUACGAGCAUUUGCCUCAUGUGAUGUUGAAAAACUGCUUGCUAUAUUUUGCAUUUUUUCCAAUAGGAUAUGAGAUUGCGGCUUGGAAGUUAAUUCCGCUGUGGAUUGCUGAAGAAUUCAUUCCAACAAUAGAUGAGUGGGGAUAUCCUUUAGAUGUUGAAGUCGAAGCUCAGAAAUAUUUAAAUGAUCUUAUUGAUAGGAAUCUUGUGAGGGUGACAAAACGAGGAGCAGAUGGUCAAAUCCAAAUGUGUAAUAUUCAUGACACAUUGCAUGAAUCCUUCAAAAUUAAAGCUACAUGGACAGAUUUAUUCAAAGUACUGGAUGAGGGACGAAGAUUAAAUGAGAAUAUUUCUUUAAGUCGUCGUCUUUGUUUCAUCCACUCCUCUACUAUGGACAUAUUUGAUGCAGAAAACAAUUCAGCUCGUUUAUACCUCAGUUGCUACAACAAAAGGAGGAGUCCACUUCCAUCUGGUGAUGAACAUGUUCAUUCUUUGUUAUUGUCCUCCUCACAAAAGAGUGAGAUUCAUUUGACCCCCAAGCAAUUGGCAACCAUCCCAAACACCUUUCCACUUCUUAAGGUGUUGAAUAUUGAAUCCCUUAAAUUUAGCUCGCUGCCAAAUGAGCUCUAUGGCCUAUUUCUUCUCAGAUAUCUUGCUAUUACAGGAGAUAUUGAUUCCCUCCCCAAGUCAUUCAAAAAUCUUCGUGAAUUGGAGACUUUAGUGAUCAAAACCACAAAAGGGACGCUACACAUUAAUGGAGGCAUAUGGAACAUGAGAAAUCUAAGGCAUGUGCACACCAACACCUCUACACAAUUGCCCCCUCCUCCGAAAACAGCCAAAAAUAGCUUUGGAGGAACAAAUAUUCACACACUUUCUACCAUAUCACCAGAAAGUUGCACAAAUGAGAUUUUCGAAAAGAUCCCUAAUCUCCAAAUUUUGGGUGUUCGUGGAGAUUUAUCGGAUCUUCUCGAGGAAAAGCAAGACGUUUGCAUGUUCAACAAUCUUCAAAUGCUCUGCCUCGAUAACUUGAAGCUUCAUGGCAACUCCGAGAAAGUGUUAAAGCUUCCAAUGUUGAAUAAGUUUGCAAGUAAGCUAAGAAAGUUGAUCUUAUCUGGUACAUUGUUUCAAUGGAAUGACAUGACCAUACUAGGAUCACUGGAGGAACUUGAGGUGCUCAAGUUGGAUGACAAUGCGUUCUGUGGGCAACGUUGGGAUCUAAGCAGUGAUGUUAUUUUCAAACAACUCCAGUAUUUACGCAUUGGAAGGAUGAACCUACGAACUUGGACUGCUGUGGAAGAAAGUUUUCCAGUUUUAGAAAGCCUAGUUCUCAGGAACUGCAUUUUUUUAGAAAAUAUCCCAUUUGGUUUUGCCAAUGUACACAGCCUUAAAGUGAUGGAUUUGUUUCACGUGAGUGAAAGUGCUGCUGAUUCUGCAAGAAAGAUUGGUGAGCAAAGGCAUGGUAAAACAACGGUCAAAAUCAAUGGAUUUAACCUCUUCUCAUCACUCAUUUUCUGCAAGAAAGAUUCGUGAGCAAUGGGAUGGCAAAACAACUGUGAAAAUCAAUGGAUUCAACCUCUUCUCAGCAUUCAUUUGAGAUGGUGUUUUUCUUGGUGCCAAGAAUGGAAAAAUUAGAAGUUUAAACGAUGCUCAUUUGGCGGAAGCUAUGGCCAUCAAGGAAGCACUUUCUUGGGCAAGGGAUAAACACCACACGAAGAUUCUUCUCCUUUCAGAUUGUCAGUCAGUAUGCAACUCAAUUA